UAGCUAGCUCUUUUAGCAAAUCGGCUAACCGCUGCGACGCCGCUGACUCCUGCCGCUACGGUCUGCCGCAUCGGGGACUUUCGACCCUUUUGACUCCCCCGGCCCAAAUAAACUGGUUUUUAGCGUCGGUAAUUGAACAUCGGUACUUUAUCAUGAUAGAAGUUGAUUGAAGGGCUCGUCAGUUUUAGGUCUUGUCGUUGAUUUUCCAACCGGUUUGGCGGGACUAGAUCGGGUUAACAAUACGACGAGCUAAGGGCUAAAGCAGCUAGCGCUGAGACACAGGCCAGUUGUUUUUUUCAGGUAGCUAACACAGCUAGCUUAGCAAGCUACCGCGGCUGUCAUGGAAGACAAAUCUUUUACUAAAGAAUUAGACCAAUGGAUCGAACAGCUAAACGAGUGUAAGCAGCUAACGGAAAACCAAGUCAGGACACUCUGCGAGAAGGCCAAGGAGAUUCUGACCAAGGAGUCCAACGUUCAGGAGGUGCGAUGCCCGGUGACGGUGUGCGGCGACGUCCAUGGUCAGUUCCACGACCUGAUGGAGCUGUUUAAGAUCGGAGGCAAGUCUCCCGACACCAACUACCUGUUCAUGGGAGACUACGUCGACAGAGGCUACUACUCUGUGGAGACGGUCACGCUGCUCGUCACGUUAAAGGUUCGUUUCCAGGAGCGAAUCACCAUCCUGCGAGGGAACCACGAGUCGCGGCAGAUCACGCAGGUCUACGGCUUUUACGACGAGUGCCUGAGGAAGUACGGCAACGCCAACGUCUGGAAGUACUUCACAGACCUGUUCGACUACCUGCCGCUCACUGCACUGGUCGAUGGACAGAUCUUCUGUCUCCACGGAGGUUUGUCUCCCUCCAUAGACACUCUGGAUCACAUACGAGCUCUGGACCGCCUGCAAGAAGUCCCACAUGAGGGCCCAAUGUGUGACCUGCUGUGGUCGGACCCUGAUGAUCGUGGUGGGUGGGGUAUUUCUCCCCGAGGUGCUGGCUACACCUUUGGACAGGACAUCUCUGAAACCUUCAACCACGCCAACGGCCUCACCCUGGUGUCCCGUGCCCAUCAGCUGGUCAUGGAGGGCUACAACUGGGGCCAUGACAAGAACGUGGUGACCAUCUUUAGUGCUCCGAACUACUGCUACCGCUGUGGAAAUCAGGCAGCCAUCAUGGAACUGGACGACACUCUGAAAUACUCUUUCCUUCAGUUUGACCCGGCCCCCCGCCGCGGCGAGCCCCAUGUGACCAGACGCACUCCCGACUACUUCCUGUGAAUGUCCAAAGCCACCCCUGUCAAUCAUCCACGAAGCUCCACCCCCUCCCCUCACCCCCACAUUUUGGAUGGAAAGAAGAUAUUAAUAAUAAUAAGAUGAUGACACUGUACCAGGGAGAAUAGAAACAAACGAUUGGCUGAUGAAUCCAAGAUUUUAACAAAGAGAAACUUAAAGAGCGGCCCCCUCUACAGUCGUGUUUUCAAUAUGCUGUCAUUAAUGCUGUGCUUCUGGGGAAAAAAAACACGUACAACUUUGAUGAUCUGUUUUCCUUUUUUUUUGUUUAUUACAUGUUUGAAAACGAGAUAAUAAAACUACCAACGUGGACCAAA